GGGCAUCAGACGGAGGUUUGGCUGCAGACUGGUCGGGAUCCCUUUCUCCGCCUCGGUCAAUUCAGACGCAUCAGGUCCAGAAGAGAUUCACUGAAGACGUUCAGGAUCACGACAGAAGGAAGGGAAAGUGCGAAGGACCAAGACACCCAGAGAUCCCAGGCUUGUUGGCUACGUGCUCAGUUCUCUUUGGUUUUGAGAUAAACAACUACACGAAUCAGCAGGAACCAUGGAUUUUGUUAUGAAGCAAGCUUUAGGUGGGGCCACCAAAGACAUGGGUAAGAUGCUGGGUGGGGAGGAGGAGAAGAAGGACCCAGAUGCUGCCAAAAAGGAGGAGGAGCGGCAGGAGGCGCUGAGGCAGCAGGAGGAGGAGAGGAAGGCCAAACACACCCGCAUGGAAGCAGACAGGGAAAAAGUACGGCAGACCAUCAGGGACAAGUAUGGACUGAAGAAGAAGGAGGAGAAGGAGGCAGAGGAGAAAGCGGCCAUGGAGCAGGCCUGUGAGGGGUCCCUGACGCGCCCGAAGAAGGCGAUCCCGAGGGGAUGCGGAGACGACGACGAAGAGGACGAGGAGAGCAUCCUUGACACUGUCCUCAAGUUUCUGCCCGGACCUCUACAGGACAUGUUUAAGAAAAAAAAAAAAAAAAAAACUACCACUAAUCAAACGAACCCUAAAUUCAGGGUCCAGUCUGGCCUGGGCUAG